AUAUAAAAAACCAACUUGAAACAACAAAAAAUUCUAUUGACUCUUUGAAACGUCGGCUCGAUACUUAUGAACAAAAUCAAAAUGAAUUUAUAACCUCUAUGCAACGUCUUACUAAUGAACAUGGAAUUAAAAUACAACGCAUCGAAGAUAUUUUAAUCACUACAACAACUAUAUUAGAGAAUUUCUCAACAUCAACAUCAGUACUUCAAACUACC